CCAGAAUGUCUCACUUAUCCAACUACUGCUUGCAAAUGAAAAAAAAAUGGGAAAGUGAAAUGGUGGUUCAUGAAUGCUUCACUUCUCUUUUCUCUGAACCUUGUACUGUCUAACGGUGGUUUUUUUCUGACAGCCCUCGAUCACAGCUCACUUAGCAGCAUGAAUGUGGAAAGAGGAAAAGGUCUGCUGAGAGGCUAGAGCGAGAGAUGAAACUAGCAGCAACGUCACAGCAGUGUCGUUGAGGAGAAGAGAUGUUUCUACAGUCUCAGUGAUGACAAGGGAUCGUAUCGGUGGAACCUGUGGGGAUUAUGACUGAAUGAUAACAUUUCUCUGGAUACAAGAAAUGGAUCUGUGCCACACGACAUCAAUUCUUCUCGUCCUUGUUAUCUGCAUAAGCUCUCUGUCAGGACUGAACGUCGUCCCUCAGCCUGAUAACCUGCAGGUGAACAUUUUGGAUGGGGAGGUAUUAGUGUACUGGAAACAUCCUGUGGACGCCCCCUCAAACUCCAAGUACAACGUACAAAUGGCAAAAUACAAUGGUGAGUGGGCCGAUGUAAAAAGCUGUAUAGGGAUUACAACCUCCUACUGUGACCUGACCAGGCUUAUACUCGAGUAUAGCUGCCAAUACAAGGUCAGAGUUCAGCUGGUUGCAGGAAACAACACAUCUCUGUGGACAGCCAAGAAAGUUCGGCCAAAUGAAAGUGAAUUGCAGCCUCCCGCCUUCACAUUGAUUGCUACUUCCAGCAGCCUGUCAAUUAAUGUUUACCAAAAACCCAUCCUGAGAAAGCUCUUUCCUUAUGGGCACACCUACACCAUCUACCUGGAGGAGACAGAACAAGAUAAGACUACCACAGCAUACCUGAAAGACGACGUGGGGGAGGAACAGAGGACUAAGACUUUCAGCUCUCUGCAAUGGGGCAGAGAGUACUGUGUCAGCAUAAAGGUACAGGGCAACGGAGCUCUCUUUGCCAGCGGUGUGUCUCCUAAACAGUGUCUGCAGCUGCCGGAGAGAGAGUUCUUCUUAAUCGCUGUAUCAUCCCUAUUUGUUCUGGGCGUGCUGGCAAUCAUCGCUAUCAAUGCAACCAUCGUCCUGUGUUACCUGAGACGACCAGCGAAAACACCUGCUGCAUUGAAAUCCCCUGCAAGUUACUGGCUUCCACUCUCUGCUGAAGAGGGCCCGAUAGAGGUGGUCACAGACAAAGGAUGGUUCCUAUCCAGUAUACCAGUUACAGAGGUAGAAAACUGUGCUGAACACCCAGCGACCUAUUCAACGGAGAACAACGGAGAGGAGAGGAGGACAAGCAUGGACAGUGGGGUCAGCAUGGAGUCCAAAUCUGCUACCAAGGACAGAGGAGGUCCUUCAAUGACACAAGAUGACAGUGGCUGCGGCAGCCUGGGAGGACCAGAGGGCUCCACCGACACUCAGACAGAUUACCCCCUGCAGGAAGAGAGGACUGAUUCGGAGAAAGUUCGUAAGCGGGAGGACAGCGGAUUGGGGCUGGGCUGCCGGCUUGACUCUUCUACCAUGGAUCUGGACGGACGGGACAGCAGUCCUCUGAAGGAGUUGAUUCCUGGGGGUAACUAUCGCACCCAGAGCCCCUCUGCUGUGCCGAUCCGUGACGAUGAGGAGGCGUUUCAACAGACACCUCCAGAUACACUUUUGGCCAAAGUGGUCACAGGUUACAGGGCUGGUCCUCAGAUGUGUAUCUGUUCAGGGGCGGGUCAGUGCACUUGGUGCCAUGGACGUGGUCAUUAUGGAUCUGACGUUAUCAAACAAUACAGAUCCAUGUGUAUAGAAAAGGGACCACUGGGCUUUAAAUGUGAUUUUGUGGACUCUUACAAAGCCGGGCAUUCGUUUUCAAGUUAUUCUAAGAAAUCACAAAUGGACACCGUCAAAAUGGACGAUUUAAAAAACACUUUUAUACAACUGGAGGACACCUUCUCUCUGCUAACAACUCUGCCACCACUGCCCCUAGUGGACGGAGGACACGACUUCAAUAUGAACAAUGUAUCCCUCUCCCUAAGUGACGUACAGCUGAAAAGUGACUGAUACACUGUGGAAUGAGACAAGGCUAUUAAUAAAGUACCACUGACAUACCAUGUAUGAGUGGUAUAGUGGACCAAUACACUCCCUUUACUCCACAUGACACACGUUUCAAUCAUGAAAUGGAGGCACUAGUAAGUAUUUUGGGAGUAUGGUGUAGUAUUUUGAUGACUUCCAAUUCUGUGGAGGAAACAGAGCACUCAACACCUUGUUAGUCGUAAAGGAAGGCAACAAAAUGGUUUAACCCCACAGCUGCUCGCUGGUAGCUGUUGGUUUGAGUCCCAUGACAGAUGGAGACUGCAAUGACAAAGACUUUAUGAAAUCCUGUCCCAGUGGGUAUAUACAGCCGACCAAAAUACACCAUGACGGAAGUGAAACUGGUGUGGGAAGCAGUGCGGAAGAACGGUUCAACAGAUAUCUACUUUAUGGACAUUUUGCUCUUCCACCUCUGCCAAAAAAGAGCCCACUCUUAAAGAUUCUGGUAAUUUCUCAAUAUGUCAUUGUUUAAUGUUUUCAGACUGAAUAUGUGACUUUCAUAGUGUCGACCUGUCCUCCAGCUACUUCCCUGACCCCUGAACUAUUUAUUUAAUGUUUUUUUUAUUUUCUAAAUAUUGCUGUGAUUAAAAGAAAGUAUCUUCACUAAA